AUGGAAUGUUACCAUUUUUCAUUGGGCCAAUAUCAUAAACACAGCGGUCUUGUAGCGCGGCGGCACGGCAGCGGGAGCGGGCGCGGCAGCGGGAGCGGGCGCGGCGCGGCGGGGGGAGCGGGCGCGUGCCAUGCCGCGAUGAGCGGCGACGGCCGCAACGGCACCAACGGCACGCUCGAGUGCGACUCGGACGCCGACGUGUCCGAGUCCGACAAGCUGUUCCGGUUCGUCGUGCACGGCGUGCUGCUCAACGUGGUGGGGUGCGGGGGGCUGCUGGGCAAUGCGCUCUGCGUUGCCGUGCUCAGCCGGCCGCAGAUGCGGUCAUCGAUAAACUGCCUGCUGGCCGGGCUGGCGGCGGCCGACGCGGCGCUGCUGGUGGCCAGCGUGCUGCUGUUCGGACUGUCGGCCGUGUACCCGUACACGGGCCGCCUGCGCUACUACUACUACCACAUCUGCCCGCGCCUGGCGCCGCUGGCGUACCCGCUGGCGCUGGUGGCGCAGACCAUGUCGGUCUACCUCACGCUGGUGGUGACGGCGGAGCGCUGGGUGGCGGUGUGCCGGCCGCUGCGCGCGCGCGCGCUCUGCACGCCGCGUCGCGCCCGCUUCGCUGUCGUCGGUGUCGCUAUAUUCGCGUUUGCGUAUAACGCGCCCAAGUUUCUUGAGGUGGAAGUGGUCCGUAUCCCGGCGCUGGGCGCGGGCGCGGGCGCAGACGAGGAGGAGGACGCCAUCUACUGCGUGGCCGCGGCCGAGUUCCGCAGCGAGCUCUACGUGGCGGUGUACGUGCACUGGCUGUACCUGCUCGUCAUGUACGCCGUGCCCUUCACCGCGCUCGCCGUGCUCAACGCGGCCAUCGUGCGCCAGGUGCGUCGCGCGCAAGCGGAGCGAGCGCGGCUGUCCCGCUCGCAGCGGCGCGAGCUGUCGCUCGCCACCAUGCUGCUGGUCGUCGUGCUGGUCUUCUUCCUCUGCAACCUGCUGCCGCUCGUCACCAACUCUUUCGAGGUGUUCCUGGGCUCGGAGCUGGAGCGGCUGGACGCGCUGGUGAAGACCUCGAACCUGCUGGUGACCAUCAACUCCUCGGCCAACUUCCUCAUCUACGUACUGUUCGGCGACAAGUUCAAGCGCGUCUUCCUCGCCACGUUCUGUCGGCCAGCGCUGGCCUGGCUGCCGUGCAUCCGCCGGCGCGAGGAGUCGCCCGAGCACACUAGAGACGAUUCCUGCGCGUCGGGUCCCGAGAGGCUGAGUCUCCGGGUGUCUCUGGCCAGGGACACGACCCUGCGCCGGUCCGUGCCGCGCCGGCAGCGCCCGAGGCGCCUGGAGCCGGCCCCCACCGUCUACUACCCGGCCACGCCCUCCUCCUCGAUAACGACCCUCCCCAACGACCUGCCGCAUAACGGUCACGCGCGCGACCACUUCUAGACUGUGCUCAAGUGUUAGAGACGGCGCUUUGACGCUGGGACUCUUUAGUAAUGUUAUCUGUGAUUCGCUGUACGCGUUUUAGAACGAGAGUGUCUCGGUAAAAUAAAAGUUCAUC